UGAAAGUCCAGAACCAAGAGGAAAUGGCCAACCCAUCUCCUGGAGAGAGCCUGAGGAUCUGGGAGAGCCUGAGCUUCCAGCCCUCUGCCACUCUGAGCACCGGCAGCUUUGAGCAGCACUUGGGUGAGGGAGAUUUUGGUGGCACAGAGCUGGAGGACAAACACAGGAGACACCUGGACAUUUUAAGGCAAACCUCCUUACUACUGGCUCACAAACUGAAGCUCCAGCAGCAGCAGCAGAAACAUCGGCUUCUGGUGCUGAGGGAGAAGGCAAAGCAAGAGGUUGAGGAAAGCCACAGGUUUUUGAGGGGCCUGCUGCAGCUCAGUUCUGAGUGGAGCGCAGCCAUUCCAUGCUUUGGAUGUUCCAGCACCUUCCAUGGUUCCAGCCUGGCCGUGGUGGAGCAGUGCCUGAGGGCAGAGGAGCUGCGGGCUCGGCACCAGGCACUGCUCCUGCAGCUCCGGAGGAAGGCUCUGCGGGAGAGGGCCAGGGCCGAGCUGGCCUGGCUGGGCCACCGCAGACGGCAGAAAUCCAGCACCUGA